AGGGGCCCAGGGGGUAUCGAUGACGCAAGGGGCGGUGGGGCCUCGCCGGACCCUGAUUGACGGGCUGAGGGGCGUGGGCGUGGCUGGGGCGAGGUCACCUGUCAAAGUCCUUCGGAGCCGCUGUGCCAGGUGCCCGUGUGCGUGGCUUCUGAGUGCACGACGAUGCGGAAAGUGGUUUUGAUCACCGGGGCUAGCAGUGGCGUUGGCCUAGCCCUCUGCAGGCGGUUGCUGAAGGAAGACGAUGAGCUUCACCUGUGCUUGGCGUGCAGGAACCUAAGCAAAGCGGAGGCCGUCCGUGAUGCUCUGCUGGCCUCCCACCCCGCCACUGAGGUCAGCAUCGUGCAGGUGGAUGUCAGCAGCCUGCCGUCGGUGUUCCGGGCCUCCAAGGAGCUCAAGCAAAGGUUUCAGAGAUUAGACUAUGUAUAUCUAAAUGCUGGGAUCAUGCCCAACCCACGCCUAAACAUCAAAGCACUUUUCCGUGGCCUCUUUUCAAGAAAGGUGAUUCAUAUGUUCUCCACAGCAGAAGGACUGCUGACCCAGAAUGAUAAGAUCACUGCCGAUGGGCUCCAGGAGGUGUUUGAAACCAAUGUCUUUGGCCACUUUAUCCUGCUUCAGGAGCUGGAAUCUCUCCUGUGUCACAGUGACCGUCCAUCUCGGCUCAUCUGGACCUCAUCUCGCAAUGCGAAGAAGUCGAAUUUCAGCCUUGAAGACAUCCAGCACAGCAGGGGCCAGGAGCCCUACAGCUCUUCCAAAUAUGCUAUUGACCUUCUGAGCGUGGCUUUGAACAGGAAAUUCAACCAGCAGGGUCUGUAUUCCAGUGUGGUGUGCCCAGGUACGAUGCUAACCAACAUAACGUAUGGGAUUCUACCUCCCUUAAUAUGGACACUGAUCAUGCCAAUCAUAUGGCUGCUUCGCUUUUUUGCAAACGCCUUCACUUUGACACCAGACAAUGGAACAGAAGCACUGGUCUGGCUUUUCCACCAAAAGCCUGAGUCUCUCAAUCCUCUGGUGAAAUAUCUGAGCGCCACCAAUGGUUUUGGAAGCAAUUAUGUGACGUCGAGAAAGAUGGACCUAGAUGAAGACAUUGCUGAAAAGUUUUACCAAAACCUAUUGGAACUGGAAAAGCGUAUUAGGGUCACCAUUCAAAAAACUGAUAACCAGAGCUGACAGUGCCGCUCUCUGAAAUGUUUCAUGCCUUCUGUGGGUUCUGGAGCACAUGGGUUUCCACUGGGUUGGAUGACAUGCAUUUGUGGUAAAUGGAACUAUAAUUUUCCCUUUUCCUUCAUUUCAGAAUCACCUCUAAUACUGUAUGUGUGUGUGCACAUGAGAAAAAGAUCAAUAAAAUAUUCAUUGGAUAUUCUUAAGAA